GGUCCUCAGAAAGACAGACAUACUACACACACACACACACACACACACACACGUCUGGAGUUCAUCAGCUGGGGCAGGGUGUCGGCAUAUAGUAGAAGUGGAAAACCACUGAGGUUCAUUUGAAGCACGAAAACUAUUAUUCCCACCGCUACUGCUGUCGCAACAACAGUUCCUCUGGUUGAGUCCAGUUACUGAUACCAGGACUAAUCAGGCAUUACUGCUGCUAGAGCUAGAGACAGAGAAAAGAAGCAGAAUGAGGCUUGUUUGGACGGUGCUCUUCGUCUCUCUGCUGUCGUCUGUCUACUGUGUUACUCCGACUCCUCGUCCUGCUGAUGGAUGUUCCAGCAUGUCUGUCCGUCUGCGGGCGUUCAGGCUGAUGGCCGCCUGUAACUUCACCACCCUGAAGGAGAAGCAGCUGAAGGAGAUCCAGGCACCGACCACCAACCUCUACCUUCCCAUGAUGUAUCUGCUGGCCUUCUGCGUGGGUCUCCCCUCCAACCUGCUGGCCCUCUGGGUUCUGGUGGUCCGGACCAAACGGCUGCCUUCCACCACGCUGCUCAUCAACCUGUCGGUGGCGGACUGCCUGCUGCUGCUGAUGCUGCCGUUCCGCAUCUCCUACCACUUUCGAGGGAACCACUGGGAGCUCGGCGAGCCCUUCUGCCGCGUCGUCAUGGCGAUGUUCUACGGCAACAUGUACGGCUCGAUGUGGUGCCUGGCUCUUGUGGCCUUUGACCGAUACAUCGCCUUGGUUCACCCUUUUAGAGCUCGAACUCUGCGCACCCGACGGGUGUCCCUGUAUAUGACUGCUACGGUGUGGUUGGUGGUGCUGGCCGCCAUGUUGCCUCUCCUGGUGUCCAGGCAGACCUACAGGCUGGACGACCCCCAAAUCACCACGUGCCACGACGCGCUGCCGGAGGAAGAGCAGCAGAACUUCUUCCUGCCGUAUUUUGCCUCCUUGUUCGGCUUCUGCUUCGUCCUCCCCUUCGUCACGGUCGUGUACUGCCACUGCGCGGUGCUGCACACCCUGCUGGCCGAGGGCAAGCGCUAUGGCCGCGCCAUCCGGGUGACGGUGCUGGUGCUGCUGGUCUUCAUCGUGUGUCUGCUGCCGAGCAACAUCCUCCUCCUCCUCACCUACACCGACAGCGACAUGGACGGAGACGGCGAAGACCUCUACGUCCCCUACAUGGUCAGCCUGGCGGUCAGCACCUUCAACAGCUGCAUCGACCCGUUCAUCUUCUACUACGUGUCGGAGGAGUUCCGACAGAAAGCCAAUAAUGUACUGUGCUGCCGUGACGACCCAGAGGGGAAAAGUUCUUCUACAGGUCAAAAUGUAUCCUCCUCGUCCAGCCAGAGGUCAAAGUCCACGCUCCUGUCCAUGUCCAGCCACCGGCGGACGCCAGAAAAAGCCAACACCUCCACUUAGCAAAGUUUAGGGGAUGGAAAACUAACCUUUAGAGUUUGACUUUUAGAAAUGGGCUUAAUUUAAUAAAACCUCAGAAACUCAGAGUUGAAAAUGUACUUCAGGGAUUGGUUGAUGUUUUCAGAGGGUCGAUCAGACUCUCAGCUUUGUGAUCAGGAAUGGCAAAACCAGCAAAGUUACAUCCUCUGCAGAAAUGACACAAUGAAGAGGGUGUUCUUUGUUUUAAUGGGAUUAAUCUACGUAUUGGAUGAGAAAACUGUCCCAAUGUUCUGUAAAAAUCAGCAAAAUAAGCUCCAUAAAUCCUUAGAUAAAGUUCAAAAUCGAUUGAGUUGGUGUAUAGAUGGGAAAAAUGGAAAUGAAAAAUCAUCUUAUUUACUAGGAUACUUUUUGAGGAGGAAGAUUCAACUGAGAGGAGAUAGGUUAAUAAAAAUCAACAUCUUUGCACAUGAAAUUUAAGCCGAAGACAAACAUUUGUGGAGGGAACAGUUUGCUUACAGAUUCUGCUCUGUCUGCGUCUCGGGUGUGUUUAGGAUAUGCAGUCUGGUUCAGGACAGCGUCCACCAGAGAAUUUGAUUGUUUACAUUGUAGCUCAUAAACCACAAAGUAUUACUGGAAUUACUUGUCGUGUUGUUAAUACAAUGAAGCGUUGUAAAGAUACCACUGCUCCAUGAAACUGAAACUGUAAUGUAAUGUCAGAUGUGACAGAUCAUGAUGUUAGACUGAUGACAAACAUGUUUUCUGUUUAUUGAUUUGAAUAAAUGUUUUU